UUCGUCUGAAUGAUGCACUUGCGCUUUGGGAUCUUUUAAACAUCAUUAGGCGCGUUGCUGCGCGCUGUCUGUCCGGUCUGUGAGCGCAGAACAAGCGCUCACAAAGCAGCAGUUCGGGGAUGACGUCUCACACAUGGGUCCUCUGUCGGAAUAUAGGAAAACCCGGACAUUUUUAUCAAUCUCGAAAAUCCCCCCGGACGCCCCGGACAGAACGUGAAAAGUGGACAUGUCCGGGGAAAAGAGGACGGUUGCUCACCCUAAUUUAAAUGAUAUCCACAGUAUUGAUACCAGCGCUGGCAUAGUACUGGAUCUAUACUAUGAUCGAUCCUUUGUUUGUAGCCUCUAAGUUGAGUAUGUAGCCCACUGAUUGAUGUUAAAUUAAUUCGUUUUUAGGAAGAAACAUUGUGAGAAAUGGCUGAGCUGUCACAUCUAUGUUAUAAGCCUAAAACACAUUUAAACACACGUCAGAGACGAGCACAUUUACAUUCCAGGUCUCCAAAAAACUCUGUUUUAAAAUACAUGAAAAGUGUGUUUUCUUAUGUUAGCUCAUUAUUGUACAAAUCCCAGCGUUUAGUUUGCAGCUUCAUCCCAACCUCUGUGCUGCACGCGCUGCCUUUGAAAGGGCAAAGUAUCGGUAUCACUGGUCCUGUAGUUCUUGGUUUGGGAUCGAUACCAACAUCAGUAGUAUCGCAAUGCGGUGCCUCUGAGCAAGGCACUCAAAGUCCAGCUGCUCGUCACAGCUGUCUCCUCCUCCUGUCUUUGGCUGAUGGCUGCCUCCAGCAGUGAAAUGUAAGCAGACCUGAGGGCAGCAUGAACGGACCUCAGCUCAGCGAACUGCCGGACGACUCGGAGCAGCUCAGGCCGUACAUCAGCCGCCUGAGGCGGCGAGCGCUGCAGGCCGGCGAGCUGUCCGCUGUCAGGAGCUUAUCCAGCGGCUUUCUCCUCAGGUUUCUGCGGGCCAGAGACUUCGACAUGGAGCUCUCCCUCAAGCUCUUGCUCAACUACCAGCGGUGGCGAAGGGAAAGUCCUGAGAUCAGCAGCUGUCUGUCUCCUUCCUCUGUGCUCGGCCUCCUCAACACGUCGUACCACGCUGUGCUCCCGCAGCGAGACUGCACAGGCAGCAGGGUGCUCAUCUACAGGAUUGGGCAGUGGAACCCAAAAGACUGGUCAGCCUUCCAGGUAUUCAGAGUCAGCCUGAUGACCUCGGAGAUCAUCUCAAGGGAGAACGAGACACAAAGGCAGGGUCUGAAGGCCAUAUUUGACCUUGCGGGGUGGAGCUUAAGUCAUGCCCUGCAGAUUAACCCUUCGCUUGCCAGAAAGAUAUCGUCUGUACUUUCGGACUCUUUCCCACUGAAAGUCAGAGGAAUCCACCUGGUCAAUGAACCAAUGUUCUUCCGUCCGGUCUUUGCUAUGCUUCGUCCCUUCUUGCCUGAUAAAAUCAAGCAGAGGAUCCAUAUGCACGGUUCUGAUUUCCGAGAUUCUUUAAGUGGCUUCUUCUCAUCACACAUUCUGCCUCCUGAAUAUGGAGGGCAUGGGCCUGGAAUAACACAAGUGUGUCAAGACUGGACCAAUCACCUGCUUCAAUCAGAGAACCUCCUGCAGCAGAUUGCUGCCCACCCGACGGGUGACGUCACAAUGACCCCUGAUGACUGUUUGAUCACAGAGGAAGGCGGGACUCUUUGAAAGAUGAUGAUUGGACUUUUGGGUGGCUGACUCACAUAUAUGUGGCGGGUUUGUACACGUGUCUAAGAUCUCUGCAGUACUUGUUGUGGAAGUUGGCUGAAGUGAGAGAGCUGAAAACAAGAUCCUUAAUGCCCGUGCUGUUUCAUGUUUACGCCACAGCCCGACCAAUCUGGAAUUUUUAAGACCAAUAAUAAUACUGAUAUUAUUAUGUCAUGAUUUUAAAAUCAUAUUUUUGAUAGUUUCUGUUAUCAUUUUUUUUUGUUACAUUACUCACAUUAUGUUAUAAGUAGUUAUUUAUUUAUUUAGCCUCUGCCCAACUCAGCUAUAAUCAGCUGGUUGUUGUGUUUCCCAGACAGUUUUUACAUUUUAAACCUUCCUUUUGGGCAACAGGGACAAAUCACCAAAGAGCUAAUAUGAGCCCACCAAUAAAUCACUUGUGCUCUAGUUUAUGUGAUUUUUGCUUUUUAGUGAAUGCAUAUUGUUUUACUCAGAGUUUGAAAACAUUUAGGAGCUUGAUGUAAGUCACGUAUCUGGGAAUAGUGCUGUGUUGUAAUUUCAUCGUCAUAUUAAUGUUGCUCCAGGACCGUCACUGUAAACGAUGAGUCACGCUGUUGUGAUAUUUAGUCAAAAGAUCCUGCAAUAAGAAAGCACUACUCUUAGUGUUGUGGAAGUCGUACUAAGUAGGGCGACAAAAUCUGUGUCAGGUUACAGUCACACUGCAUACAUGGGUUAAAUGCUGGAUGUUGUAUAGACGGCUUUGGUCUCUGUGCUUUAUAACAAAGGCACAUUAAGCAAACUCACUCAUCUAGAUUGUAGUAAGAUCUAAAGAAAGCUGCCAGCUCGGCCUUACUGAACAUCCCUAACAUGUUCAUGUCAUUUGUUACCUUUUAGAUCAGGGGUGUCAAACAUAUGAGGUAACUUCAUAUGUCAGGUAUUAAUGGCUCUCAGCUAUAGUGCUGUGCAAAAGUUUUAGGCAGCUGUAAACAAAAAACGCUUUCAGAAAUAUAAAUGAUUGUUUAUUAGCCCCAAAUGUAUUCCUCAGCAGGACAACAAGCCCAAACACACUGCCAAAGUCAUUAACAACUCUCUUCAGUGUAAAACCAGAAGUACUGAAGUGAUGGUACGGCCCCCACAGAAUCCUGAUCUCAACAUCAUGGAGUGUGUCUGGGAUUACCUGAAGAGACAGAAGGAUGUGAGGAAGAUCUGUGCUUAGUUCUCUGAGAUGUUUGGAACAACCUACCAGCCAAGUUCCUUCAAACUGUGUGCAAGUGGACCUAGAAGAAGGCAAAGGGCGGUCCCACCAAACAUGGAUGUGAUUUAAAUUUCUCUUUUGUUCAUUCACUGCAUUUUGAAAAUAAAUGGUUAACACUUUUA